AUGAUUCAGGUGCUUGGCUGCGGAGUUGAGUCUCGGCCGUUGAAUAUAUUGAAGCGGCCCGAUGCGCAGAGUGGCGGGAGCUGGUGGGCCGAUGCGGCCUUCUGGGAGGGAUUGGCCCUUGGAGCGGUGAAGCAAUCGGGGCCCAGCCCAGGCGUCGGGAACAGCUUCACCGAUGCUGCCAAUGAUGGAGCGGUGAAGCAAUCGGGGCCCAGCCCAGGCGUCGGAAACAGCUUCACCUAUGCUGCCAAUGAUGGUCCCAGCCCAGGAGUGGGACACUGA